UUAUUUGUAUAGAGUACAUUUCCGGUGAAUCCAACAUGGCUGCUGUUAGGGGCUCACGACUUGUUCUUCAUUGCAAGGUCGUUUGCAGAAAAUCCAUUGCUCAAAGUAGUCAAAGCGAUAUCAUCAAAAUAGAUUGCAGAUGGCUACAUCUUUCUCGUUUGACAUCUAUCGUAUAUUUAUCACGUUACAAUAAUAGCAAAGUUUGUCUGCUGCCCAGAGCACUGACGCUUUUAAACCCAUGUUCUAUGUUUCACACUUCUCCGCAUCAUGCAAAAAGAGAUUAUUAUGAGGUCCUCGGAGUCCCCAGAAAUGCUGAUGCAGCAUCUAUUAAAAAAGCCUAUUACAAGCUGGCCAAACAGUACCAUCCAGAUAUGAAUAAUAAAGACCCAAAUGGAGCUAAAAAGUUUCAAGAGGUGUCUGAAGCAUAUGAGGUAUUAAGUGAUGAAAAUAAAAGACGAGAUUAUGAUUCAUUUGGCAUGGGUGGUAAUCAACAAACAAGUGGCUUUAGAAGUCAACAAGGAUUUUCAGGUUUUGAAAAUUUCCAAAGCACAAUGGACCCAGAAGAAUUAUUUAGGAAAAUAUUUGGUAAUGCUGGUUUUGGUGGUUUUGGAUUUUCAAAUCAGGAUUAUGAAGGGUCUAAUUCAGGAUUUGCACCUGCAUCAGAAAUGUAUAUGGAUCUAACCUUCCAAGAAGCUGCUCGAGGUGUCAAUAAAGAGAUCAACUUAAAUGUGAAGGAAACUUGUCCUAAGUGUAGGGGUAGUGGCUCAGAGCCGGGUACAUCUGCCAGCAAAUGUCCACAGUGUAAUGGAACAGGGAUGGAAACUAUAUCGACUGGUCCCUUUAUAAUGCGGUCCACCUGUCGCAGUUGUCAUGGCAAGAGGACAGUCAAUAAACAUCCUUGUACUGAAUGUAAUGGAAAAGGCAAAGUCAUUUCUAGAAAGAGAAUUGUUGUUCCAGUCCCAGCAGGUGUUGAAGAUGGUCAGACUGUCCGUAUGCCAGUUGGUGGUCAGGAAGUAUUUAUCACUUUUAAGGUACAAAAAAGUCGAAUAUUCAGGCGUGAAGGGGCAGAUGUUCACAGUGAUGUCAGCAUUAGUCUGUCUCAAGCUGUGUUGGGAGGCUCCAUACGUAUACCUGGAAUAUAUGAUGACAUAGUUCUUAGCAUACCACCUGGAACAUCUUCACAUCAUCGACUAAGAUUAGCUGGUAAAGGGAUUAGUCGGGUCAACAGCUAUGGCUUUGGUGAUCAUUAUAUCCAUGUGAAAAUUAAAGUUCCAGUUAACCUUACAGAUGAGCAGAAAGCCUUACUCCAGGCAUUUGCAGAGACAGAGAAAGGAAUAGAAGGAACAGUUGAUGGAAUGGCACAAACCAAAAAAGGUAUGCGUGCCAUUGAUGAUCCUGAAGGAAAAAUUUCUUCUCUCCGUGAGGCUGCAGCCAGCUGUGGUAAAGUGGCCAAAAAUGGAGUGGAUGAUUCAGAUGAAGAUAAUGAAGCAAUAGGAAAAAAGUCAUGAGCCUGUAAUUUAGAAUUUAUUUCUCUUUGUUUUGUGAUAAGAUCAGCUGAUUUGUUAGGACUGUUGAAGUAACUACUCAGUAAAUAAACUAAUUACUGACUUCCAUAUAUAGUAAGUUUACCCAAAUCAUCCAAUAAUUUUUUCACACAGUCAUCCACUUGUUAAAAGUUAAACUCAGAUUUGUCAAACAAGUUUCUAUAAUUUUAUUAUUAGGUAUCCAUUUCUAUACAUUCAGUACCUUUUAAUUUGUUUUUAAAGGAAGUUUUCAUUACGUUACAAAAGCAUUUUAAAAUAUUGGUUUUUAUUUUUAAGAUUUUACAAUAAAAUACCUAGUAUACAUA